AUGGAGGGAGCUUAUUUGCAUUUGACGAAAGUCAGGGCUAAACUGGCUAGGACUUUGGAAAACCAGCCAAGACGUUUGAGGCCAAUGUAUGAAAAAUUUGGUAGAAAGACUACACCAUUGUUUUUACAGAGUGAGAAGAGCCAGGUAUUAGAGAGUGAAAGGUUCACGAAGCCAAGAGACUGGAAGUACUUGCCAGGUGACCGUGUUGUUCUUUUGAAGGGGUCUAAAGCUGGGAAUAUUUGUGUUAUUAAGUCACUUCGUGAAGGUACGAAUUCUUUUAUCUUGGAUGAGAAUGGACCUACGAGAAUGGUUGCUUUACCUAAGCCGUUCUGGACUGAGGGUCAGACUUCCCAUAUGAUCCAGAUGCCUUUGGAUGUAGACCAUAGUGAAAUUAGGUUAGUUGCUGAUAUUGAUGAUCCUGCAAAGGACGGUUCUCUGAAAACUGUUGCAGUCAAGGAUGUUGUCUUUGGUGGAUCUUACUACGAUGAGGAUUACAAGAAGGUCAUGCCUUAUAGAUAUGUUAACGGUGAUAGAAGUAUGGUUAUCCCAUGGCCAAGACCGGCUCCUGUAGAGGAAGAGUGUGAGUUAGGUACAGAUCCAGUGGUAGCUAGGGAACAGACAUUCUGGGUGGACUCCAUUGUUAAAAAUCCAAUUCCAAAAGAAUCUUUGUUGACUAUUCGUAACCCAUAUUCCAAACAUAGAAGAGGCACUUUGACUGCUAAGGAAAUUGCUCACUUGAUGGCUCCAAAGAUGCCAUUGACUGAAACUAAGAAGGCUUACUUAGCUGAAAGGAAGAAGUUGGCUAAGGUCAGAGCUGAAAGACCUGUGUUGUCAGAUGAGGAAAAGGAUAAGAUUGGUGCCAAGAUCUUUGAGAAGUUCGUCAACCAAUGA